GAUGACCCGCAUUUGGCCCAUGCUCAUCGUCUGCGGUGGGGUUGUGACGAUACUUCUACUUGUUGUUGUUGUUGUUGGUGGCGGGGUGGUGGUGGAUGUGGUUUUUUGGGUUGAUGUUGUUGAUGUGGAUGCGGAUGUGGAUGUGGAUGAUGUGGAGGUAUCGCCGGAGGGCUCGGAGAGGGUUGGGAACGGGGCUGGGAAGGGGUUGAAGGAUGAUGAGGGCCGCGGCGGAAUGGGCGUGGGAAAGAAGAUGAUUGGCGGGCGGGUUGUCAUUUUUUGGGUGCUUUUUCCAGGGUAUUUGUCGGGUGGGACGUUCACGUAGACGGAAAAAAGGGCAGCGUCGGUUCCAGACGAAGUUGGUUCUGAAUGGCGCGAGAAAGAAGGUAUUGAUCGUGGUGUGCAGAGUACUCCUUGCCGGCUCGAUAGUGACCGGCGAGUGCGGUGAGAAAACAGGACGCUAGAGUGCAGCGCAAGAAAGUGUAUGGUACAACACCUAUCCGAACCAGCGGCGGGUGUGCACUAGCGUAAUAUACAACGGGAGUCAAUCUAGGAUGCAGGGUCUAUGAGGAAGGGAAAGCCAAAAAGGAUCGUUCGAACAAGAGCAAAGGCAAGAAAAGCCGAGGCGUGCAUAUACAUAUACGAUGGGUAAGGUUGAGUCCCGAAAGCACAUGCGGGAUGAAGCGAGAUGAGACUGAGACAGCAAUGGGGGGGGGUGGAUGAUGGAACACAUUGUUGUUGUGGGAGUGGAGUGCCCCGAGCCAGCGUCGUUUGUCUCCACCAACCAGCUUG